GCUCAUCACUAGUCACACGUACACCCGCAAUCGAUUGAAAAUUUAUCGCGUUCGUCCAAACAAUACCAGAGCUCGACGAUCAUCUUAAUUGUUGGAUCGAUCUGAAUAAUCUUUCUUCAUUCGUGGCCUCGACGAGUAAGUAGGUAGCUCAUUUGAUCGAUCAACCGCGAGUGUGUGCUUGAUCGAAGGCGGCAAUGGCGACCUACUACUCUUCGCGGCGUCCAUGCAACGCCUGCAGCACGAAGGCGAUGGCCGGGAGCGUGGUCGGCGAGCCCGUCGUGCUGGGGCAGAGGGUGACGGUGCUGACGGUGGACGGCGGCGGCAUCCGUGGUCUCAUCCCCGGAACCAUCCUUGCCUUCCUCGAGGCCCGGCUGCAGGAGCUGGACGGGCCGGAGGUUAGGCUCGCGGACUACUUCGACUACAUCGCCGGGACGAGCACCGGCGGGCUCAUCACCGCCAUGCUCACCGCGCCCGGCAAGGACAGGCGGCCUCUCUACGCUGCCAAGGACAUCAACCAAUUCUACAUGGAGAAUUGCCCUCGCAUCUUCCCUCAAAAGAGCAGCAGGCUUGCGGCCGCCAUGUCCGCGCUGAGGAAGCCAAGGUACAACGGCAAGUGCCUCCGUAACCUGAUCAUGAGCAUGCUCGGCGAGACGAGGGUGAGCGACACGCUCACCAACGUCAUCAUCCCUACCUUCGACGUCAGGCUGCUGCAGCCCAUCAUCUUCUCCACCUACGACGCCAAGAGCAUGCCUCUGAAGAACGCGCUGCUCUCCGACGUGUGCAUCGGCACGUCCGCCGCGCCGACCUACCUCCCGGCGCACUACUUCCAGACCAAGGACGCCGGCAGUGGCAAGGAACGCGAGUACAACCUCAUCGACGGCGGUGUCGCCGCCAACAAUCCGACGAUGGUUGCGAUGACGCAGAUCACCAAGAAGAUGCUUGCCAGCAAGGAGAAGGCCGAGGAGCUGUACCCAGUGAAGCCGUGGAACUGCCGCAAGUUCCUGGUGCUGUCCAUCGGGACGGGGUCGACGUCGGAGCAGGGCCUGUACACGGCGCGGCAGUGCUCGCGGUGGGGCAUCUGCCGGUGGAUCCGGAACAACGGCAUGGCCCCCAUCAUCGACAUCUUCAUGGCGGCGAGCUCGGACCUGGUGGACAUCCACGUCGCCGCGAUGUUCCAGUCGCUCCACAGCGACGGCGACUACCUGCGCAUCCAGGACAACUCGCUGCACGGCGCCGCGGCCACCGUGGACGCGGCGACGCCGGAGAACAUGCGGACGCUCGUCGGGAUCGGGGAGCGGAUGCUGGCGCAGCGGGUGUCCAGGGUCAACGUGGAGACAGGGAGGUACGAACCGGUGCCUGGGGAAGGAAGCAACGCUGAUGCGCUCGCUGGGAUCGCAAGGCAGCUCUCGGAGGAGAGGAGGACAAGGCUCGCGCGCCGCACCUCCGCCAUCGUCAGCUCCGGUGGUGCCUCUAGACGUACGUGUGCCUCAAAGGUCUCCAAUGUCUAAGAGAAGUGAAUUUGUUGCCUGAUUAAAAUCUUAAUUAAUUAAUUCUGUGGGCUGUGGCUCAAAUAAAACUAUAUCAUUAAAAAACCCGCCAUGAACUAGUUCUAGGAAAAUACGCAUGGUUUUAGAAAGAAAAACAUAAACUAAUUCUAACAAAAUGUA